AUGCCUGAAGUUCUUGGUUAUACGCCUACCUGGCUCUCGAAACCCAAUCCCGGCCACGAGAUAUUUACAGCAGGACCAACGAGCAACCAAACAGCUUCGAGAACUAGUUACAAUUCGAACGAUGGAAAAUCGAAUAAAUCAGGACCUCGCAGAACUAUUGCGCGUAGAGGAAGGGAAGUAUUUAUUGCUGUUGGAAAAGAAAUUCGAUGGGCGGAUCUUGUUUACUUGAAGGAGACAUGGGAAACCAAGCAGGAUGAUCAGAGAAGCUUUAUGAAAGGCAAAUCACGACUGGAAGAGGAAGUUGAAGGCGAAGAGGGUGUUGCUCAGGGCUAUAGAACACUCAAGAUCCCAGUGGCAGAUGAAAUUCGACAGUUGAUCAUCUCUCCAAAUUCGAAUUUUAUGGCGAUUCUGACAACUCAUACUGUACACAUUGCUAUAUUACCCGAGCCAUCGCAUCUUACAGUUCUCGAGUCUGGUCCUAUAAAAAUUAAGACUUUUCACCUUGGUCCAACAACACACGUUACAUCACGAAGUGGAAUAUCAACUGCACUAUGGCAUCCGUUAGGCGUCAAUGGAACAUGUUUGGUAACUGUUACAAAGGAUGCCGUUGUGCGAAUGUGGGAACUAUCUACAACUGAUCGUUGGUCUUUUGAUAAACCAACCCUUGCGGUUGAUUUGAAGAAAUUGGUUGAUGGAGUGUCGGCUGAUCAGGAUUUUGGAGCUUCGAUGGCUGCUCAAUCGAGUAAAUUCUCUCCAGAUGCGUUUGAGAUGGAAGUAGCAUCAGCUUGUUUUGCAGGGAGAGGAUCUGGAGGAUGGUCGCCCAUGACACUUUGGAUUGCAAUGAAGGAAGGAGACGUAUAUGCUCUUUGCCCAUUUUUGCCUGAGAAAUGGUCUCCACCACCCACCCUGAUUCCUUCGCUCUCAAUUUCAAUUGUAUCUAAUAUUGCCGCUAUUGAAGAUGAUCCAAACGUAACUCAGGGUACUAAACUUCUGGCGCAGCAACAGUUGGAUUGGAUGUCAGAUAUCGACAAUCAAGAUCCAACCCAGGUCCAGGGAUCUUUGGGUGAGCCACCGGUCGAGGUAUACACCAGGCCUUCAAGACCUGGAAAGGUGCCAAGAUUACAAGGUCCAUUCGACUUUGAGAUGCCUCCCGAAGAUGGGUACGACGAAACUUACAGUGACAUCUAUGUGAUCGGACCCAGGAUCGAUGCCGAAGAACUUAUGGAUGGAGAGGAUGACGAGAUUGAAUUGGAUGAAAUCGACAAAGAGGGAUGUUCUAUGAGCGUGAUAUGUCUGCUUACACACAAUGGACGCCUCUCGAUAUACUUGGACCUGACCGGAAUUGAGGCUCAAUGGUUACCGAGAUCUAACUCGAAGAUGUUACGAUUCUUGGACGACCCUAACCCACCUGCCUUGUUGACAUACGAAGUCUUAGAAACUUCCAAAUCCAACGAGAUCUGGGAAGGUUGUUGGCCUGUCUUCAGUCACGAUGUUGAAUCGAGGUAUUCAUUCUUCAUCACUAAUCAUUCGAACAUCACAUACAUAUCACUUUCUUCAUGGGUUUUCAGAUUAGAGGAAGAAUUAUGUAAUGGCGCAGAGUCUAACGUCAGACUUGGUGUGGUCGUCAGUACCCCGUCUAAAGUACAAAGGGUCUAUACACCGUCCAUGAUUGACCGGAAUGCCCCUCUUGCCGCCAGCACGAUUAUUCUGGAUCCUGAUCUUGGCUAUCUCCUCCUCUCCGCAAAUUGCCAUGGACCAUUAUCUAUCAGCUUUGAAUCACCCGAGUAUCAAGUCGAUCUCAGCCGUCGCCUUGGUCGCUCGGAAUCAUAUGACUCCGAAACUGAUAAUGACAAACCUUUGGUGCUAUUCGAAGCUCGACCCGUGUAUCAACCCUCCUACGCCUUAGAACAACCCUCUGAGUUGCCCUCCUUCCACAAAAAGAUCGGUCACAGCAAGUACAAGCGUUUGUUGAAGGAAGAGAUUCGAUUAUCACCUGCAGUACUCACGGUCAUGACGGAUGCCCAUAAAGUUAUAAGCGAAGAAACUCAUUGCAUUGGUACCGCUGCUGCAGAACUGUUCAGAAAAUGCAUCAAGCUCCAGAUUGAGCUUUCAAAACACAUCAAACAAGCUAACGAUAUUGCAAGCCGUGUUAAAUCAGUCAUCGGUGAUGACUAUGAUGCGGAUGAUGAUAAAUCUCAAGUUAUGUCAAAUGAAAUUAUUGAGCGAAGGAUACAGGUAGCGCAAGAUAAACAGAAGAUGCUUAAUGAACGUAUCGAGAAUAUUAGGAAGAAGAUACCCAAAAACACUCGGCGUGAGCUAAGCGACAAAGAAAGAGCGUGGACAGAAGAGGUGAGGAAUCUUAGUGGAAAGGUUCUAGGUGAAGAUUUGGAAGAUUCAACAUCGAGUAUGGUGAAGGUUUCCAAGGAUCCCUGGCAGAGAUAUGAGGAGGUUAGGGAGCUUAAGGAUGAUGUAUUGAGUCAGGCGAAUAAUUUGCUAGCUAAAGGGGAUGAUGAGAGAGACGUGGAGGAGCUAGAGAGAACUGAAGAUGGAGGGAGAGGUGUGCAUGUCCCGGCUGAGUUGAGGAGGAAGAAAGUCGGUCAAAUAAUGAAGUUGUUGGAUCGGGAGACGGCGUUGGUGGAGGCUACGAAGGGGAGAUUGGAGAGGUUGAGUUUAGUUUGA